AUGGCUGCUCGACGUCGUGUUCGAAAUCUUGGGGGCUUGAAUGUAAGAAAUGAAGAGGACAGAUGCACCAUAGAGCAAUUCAAUCAGAUGCACCCUCCCACUUUUGAUGGUCCUGGCGACCUGACCUUAGCUGAGGAUUGGAUACAGGACAUUGAGGAGAUACUCCAUAUCUUGAAUUGUACUGACAAACAGAAAGUAUUGUACUCUACCUUCAAGCUGACCGGUGAGGCUAAACGAUGGUGGAUAUCAGAGAGAACCAUCAGGGAAGCUGAUGGGAGGGGAGUGGUUAGCUGGCUCCACUUCAAGCAAAUUUUCUUUGAUCGUUUCUUCCCAACAUCGAUUAGGGACACUAGGGCCAAGGACUUUGCCGACUUAGUGCAGGGUACUAUGACGGUGCAACAGUAUGUGGCCAGAUAUAUUGAACUAUCAUGCUUUGCCUUAUAUCUUAUACCCGAUGUGGAGAAGAAGACCCGAAAAUUUGAGGAGGGACUAAAUAACCAUAUUUAUGAGCGAGUGGCUGCCCUUCAGAUCCAGAACUUCUCAGAAUUAGUAGAUAAGGCCACAAUAGUUAAGCGAGGCCUCAAGAGAAGUGUUGAACUUCAGGAGCAGAGGAAGGGGCUAACGCCUUUGGAGUUUCCCUCGAACGAGAAUCAAGGACCAUGGAAGAGGAUGAAGCUAGUGAACAACCCAGGCCAGAGAGAGGUGCAGGACAAUCAACGGAAUAACUCCUGUAAGUCUUGCAACGUAGUACACUUUGGGGAUUGCAGAAGGAGAACUGGACGGUGUUUUUGA